AUGGACUCCGCCCGCCGAGAGGCGUUGACAUGGGACGAGUUCAAGGAGGAGGUGUAUAAUAAGUACGUCCCCAUGAACUACAGACGAGCCAAUACAGUAGAGUUCCACACCUUGAAACAGGGAAACAUGACGGUGACAGAGUAUGACCGUGCACUUUAUGAGGUGACCCGAUAUGCACCCGAGUUGGUGGAUACUGAUGAAAAGAUGGCCUCAAAGUUUCGUUCUGGCCUUAGAACGGAGAUAAGAGUAGCAGUGACCAGCCGCCAAGGAAUUCCCUACUCCGAGAUUUUGAGUUGCGCCUUGGAUGUGGAAGAUAUUAGGCCACAAAACUAUGGCCGACAGAUUGUGCCACAACACCGGGGAAAUCAACAGAGGGCACCUUUCUGCAACCGGUGCUCCAAGUAUCACGCUGGGGAAUGCAGAGCCGGAGGCAUUCGAUGCUUCGCUUGUGGUGGAAACAGACACAUGUCUCGAGAGUGUCCGAACAAUAAAGUAGGAAUGAGGAAUGGACACGGACAGAGGAAACCGCAGCAACCGCAACAACCGCAACCGAUUCGGCAAGUGGCCCCACAACCGGCAAGGGCAUAUGCACUGAAAGGGAAUCAAGGGCAAGAGCAACAUGCCAACAAGGGCAAGGAUAACUUGGCAGGUAUGGGCAAGCUCCAGCAAGUACCUAUUAUCGUGUUGUUUGAUAUGGGUGCUUCGCACUCUUUUAUUGCAAUGUCUUGUGUGAAUGCCUUAGAACUCUCUACUGCUAAGCUUGAUUUGGGUUUGAGAGUGUCUUCACCUGUUGGAGGCCUGAUUGAUAUUAUGCAAACUUGCUUGAACGUAGAGUUUGUGUUACGAGAGUUAGGAGUUGUAGCUCGUCUUUUGCACGUCAUGCCUUUGGAAAAACAUCGACAUAAUUUUUGGGAUGGACUGGCUUGCCGAGAAUCACGCGACGAUCCACUGCAAGUAAAGAUAAAUCUCUUUUCAAUCCCCUGA